AUGCCCUCCCUCAGCAGUCGACUGGACCACGACGUCUACCAAGUCGUCCGGCGGCUCGAGGAGAGCACUAACGACUGCAAGCCCUUCAAAACCGUAUCAGCCGCCUACAGCGCCAUCAAGACGUCCAAUUCGAGUCUCAGUCGUCAAAAGAAGCGACCGCUAGAGGAUGCGCUGUUCCGCGUCCUCGAUGUUCGCAAGCGAGAACAAGUUCAGGACGAGAGCGAUGAUUCCGAGGCGGAGAUUGACGUCGACUUCGAGACUCCUGAGACCAAAGGCGACGAGCGGUUUCUGCUAAACCGACAGAUCACGAAACAUUGGAAGGUCGAACCAGCUUCGAUGUCGCAGGCCACGAGUAACGGCGAGCAGCCCGCGAAGAAAAAGCGACGAGUAGAAACAGAGGCCGAUGAGGGGAACACAGUAAGGGCAACAAGCGAGGGGGCCAAGGAGCCCAAGGAGGCCAAAACCGCCGACGGCAGCAAACUUCAAAAGAAAACCCCCCGUGGCCCUCUAUUUGAUGUUGAGACGGAUAUUGAGUUGCGACUUGGAGGUCUUGGAGCUACCUACGAAGCUAUCCUGACAAAGACACGGCACGCACUAUUCGCUGACGAGCAUUACGAAGACCCAACCAAAAUCGGGAGACACAUUCAUGGCCUCGCUCUGACAGGCCCUUCCUUUGUUGGCAAAAAAUCUUACAUUCGAGCCAUCGCUUCUCAUUUAAAUGUCCCCCUCAUCAACAUCACUCGAUGCUUUCGAGAACAGGAGCGAGUUGAGAAAAGCCUGACGGAAGCGUUUGACACGGCUGUUGCCGCGGCACCGUGCAUUGUGUACAUUAAGCACAUUGAACAGAUCAUGCCCAAGUCUGGUGAAGCCUCGCAAAACGAGCAGCACCAAAAGGCAUUUGACGCCCUCCAGAGGCAGAUGGAGCGCCUCGCGGCGCAACGCACACCGGUCAUGUGCAUGGUGACGGCCACGCGGCAAGACGACGCCUAUCCGGCCCUCUUUGGCCCCGACAUGAUUGAGAAGGACUACCAGCUGCGUGUUCCUAAUGUCAAGGAGCGCCACGACAUUCUCAGCCACAUUCUGCACGACAACACCGUGCACAACGAGGUCGACCUGUUGGACGUUGCCCGAAGGAUGGACGGCUGUGUGGGCGGCGACAUUGUCAUGCUUGCGGAAGGGGCCACAACGAACGCUGGCCUACGCUUGGCGGCUGCGAAAGACGUGGACCUCGGCCGCCCCUCAUCAGACGAUCAAGAUCCAGACACGGAGGGGACGAGGUCGAUUCUCCAGCCAAACCCAAUCACGCUCGAAGACUUCAAUGUGGCACUGGCAGACUACACCCCAACCCUGCGGAAAGAAGGCUUCACGGCCAUCCCCAACGUCACCUGGGACCAGGUCGGCGGCCUCGCCUCCGUCCGGGCGCAGCUCAGGCUCUCCAUUGUCGGCCCCAUCACCCAGCCGGAGCUGUACGCCAAGUUCGGCCUGGCCCGUGCCGGGGGCUGCCUCCUCUGGGGGCCCCCGGGGUGCGGCAAGACGCUCAUCGCGCAGGCCGUCGCCAACGAGGCGCAGGCCAGCUUCAUCCUCAUCAACGGUCCCGAGCUGCUCAACAAGUACGUCGGCGAGUCGGAGCGCGCCGUGCGCGAGCUCUUCACGCGCGCGCGCUCCUCGACGCCCUGCAUCCUCUUCUUUGACGAGUUCGACUCCAUCGCGUCGCGCCGUGACUCGGGCGGCGGCCAGUCCGGCGGCGGCGCCGGCACGCGCGUUGUCAACGCCCUCCUCACCGAGCUCGACGGCGCCCGCGGCCGCGACGGCAUCUACGUCAUCGGCACCACCAACCGGCCCGACAUGAUUGACGAGGCCAUCCUGCGCCCGGGCCGCCUCAGCAAGCAGCUCUUCCUCGACCUGCCCACCGAGGCGGAGCGCGUCGAGAUCCUGCGCACAAUCUACCGCAAUCGCCACGUCGGCGCCUCCGACGAGGAGCUCGCGCGGCUCGACGACGUGGCGCGCGACGCGCGCUGCGGCAACUUUUCGGGCGCGGACCUUAGCGGCCUGCACGAGAGGGCCGCCGAAAUCGCGCUGACGAGGUUCCUGGACAAGGGCCACGUGGAAGCAACGGGGGAAAUCAAAAUACAGGACUGGGAGGAGGCGCUGAAAGUGACGAAACCGAGUGUGGCGAAGCCGGAAUCGUUCCGGAAGCUCAUGAGAGCGAAGCAGUAG